AUGGCGAGGUUUCUACGCCAGUCUGCACAGCUCUCGCGGGCUGUGAGACUCGCGCAGCAGCCGGCGGUGACCCGAAUGCGAUUCCAGCCGUCGAGAAUAGCACGACUCGGCCAGCAAGCUCCGCUCGCCUGCUACCGAUCGCGGUUCUACUCGACCAACGGCCCCCAGCCGCCGAAUAAUGAAAAAGACCCCAACGAGAAGAAGCCCGAGAAGGAGGAGCAACAGCAGCAGCAGGACCCGGCCAAGCCUCAGCUAUCCAAGGAGGAGCAAAUACGCAAGGAGUGGCCGCUGCCCGAGGGAUGGGUGUAUCUCACGGAAGAGGAGCUCGGGAUGAUGCGUACAAUGGCCGAGAACGGCAGACUGCCACAAUUCCAGAAGGAAUUCUUCAUCAAGAGUGUGGAGGAGAUGAAGCUGCUCGGAGUUCCCAAUGAAUUGCGGGAACUCCUGACGUCGCUGAAGGAGCGCAAGCUGAAGAUGACCAUCACCGACAUCUCCAAGAUCCUCCGCAUUUCGACGCAGGUCGCAAAGAGAUUCUCCGACUACGAAGCCACGGUAUUGAUGCGCGAGGAGCAGGAUCCCAACAAGCAAAAGCAGGAUGGCGCCAAGGACUCCGAGCAGGGGAACGAGCAGAAGGAUGGACGCAACGGUCAGGAGAACGAGGGCGGUCCUGGCGGGCUCGGCGGCAAGAAAUGGAUUUUUGGCGUUUUCGGCACGGGUGACCUGAUUGUGGCCUCCCUCGUUUGGGUUGUUGUCUACCCCUUCUUCGAGUCGAUGAUAUUUGGCCAAGAGAAGGAGAUAACAUGGCAGGAGCUGCGGAGAAGCUUCCUGGACAAGGGCUUGGUCAACAAGUUUGUCGUCAUCAAAAAUCCCGGCCGCGUCCGCGUCGAGCUGAACCGCGAGGGAGUGCAGUCGGUCUACGGCGGCAACGAGGGCAUCAACCCCGACGUGCAUUACUACUUCUCCAUCGGUUCCGUGGAGAUGUUCGAGAGGCAGCUUGAGGAGGCUCAGAGAGAGCUCGGCAUCCCCGCCGCAGAACGCAUCCCGGUCAGCUACGCCAGCGAGGGCGGUUUCAUGCCCCUCGUCUACGCUUUUGGUCCCACCCUCCUCCUGGUUGGUCUUCUGUACUACACAACGAAGCAAAUGGGUGGACGCGGAGGCAACCAGAUGUUUGGGUUCGGCAAGAGCAAGGCCAAACGAUUCAACCACGAGACGGCCAUUAAGGUCAAGUUCAGCGACGUUGCCGGCAUGGAUGAGGCCAAGACGGAAAUUAUGGAGUUCGUCAGCUUCCUGAAGACGCCCGAGCGCUUCGAGAGGUUAGGCGCUAAGAUCCCGCGCGGUGCCAUCCUGGCCGGGCCUCCGGGAACCGGUAAGACGCUGCUCGCUAAGGCCACGGCCGGCGAGUCGGGCGUGCCCUUCUUCAGCGUCAGCGGCUCCGAGUUCGUCGAGAUGUUCGUCGGCGUCGGUCCUUCCAGAGUGCGCGAUCUGUUCGCGACGGCGCGGAAGAACGCUCCUUGUAUCAUCUUCAUCGAUGAGAUCGACGCCAUCGGCCGGUCGAGACAGGAGGGCAACCGUAUGGGCGGCAACGACGAGCGCGAGGCGACGCUGAAUCAGAUCCUUACCGAGAUGGACGGCUUCAACACGCAGGAGCAGGUGGUGGUGCUCGCGGGUACCAACAGAGCCGACAUCCUCGACAAGGCACUGAUGCGUCCCGGCCGUUUCGACAGACACAUCUUUAUCGACCGGCCGACGAUGAAGGGCCGUCAGGACAUCUUCAAGGUGCACCUGGGCAAAGUCGUCACCAAGGAAGACAUGGAUCACCUAACGGGCCGCCUGGCUACGCUGACCCCUGGCUUCUCGGGUGCCGACAUUGCCAACGCCGUCAACGAGGCAGCACUGAUUGCCGCCCGUGCCAGCGCCGACUCUGUGGAGAUGAUUCACUUUGAGCAGGCCAUUGAGCGUGUCAUCGGAGGUCUCGAGCGCAAGUCACUCGUGCUCAACCCGCAAGAGAAGAAGACGGUGGCCUACCACGAGGCGGGCCACGCCAUCUGCGGUUGGUUCCUUAAGAACGCCGACCCCCUCCUCAAGGUGUCAAUCAUCCCGCGCGGACAAGGUGCGCUGGGCUACGCGCAGUACCUGCCGCAGGGAGACGCGUACCUGAUGACGGUGGAGCAGCUGAUGGACCGGAUGGCGAUGACGCUGGGCGGGCGCAUCUCGGAGGAGCUUCACUUCCCGACAGUCACAACGGGUGCCAGCGACGACUUCCGCAAGGUCACGCACAUGGCGCGCAAGAUGGUGACACAGUGGGGCAUGUCGGAGAAGGUCGGCCCCCUGCACUUUGACGACGACCCGAACACGCUCCAGAAGCCGUUCGCCGAGGCGACGGCGCAGGCGAUUGAUGCCGAGGUGCACCGGAUCGUGGAGGAGGCGUACAAGCAGUGCAGGGACCUGCUGACGGAAAAGAAGGCUGAGGUCGGCAUCGUGGCAGAGGAGCUCCUGAAGAAGGAGAUGCUGACGCGCGACGACCUGGUCCGGCUUCUCGGACCCAGGCCUUUCGGCGACAACCAGGAGUUUGAAAAGUACUUUGGAGGCCAGGGACAGAAGAGCGCGCCGCCGCCGUUCCCGGCGGAGGAGAUUGACAACCCGCCCGAGCAGCCACCCGUCCCGCCCGCGCCAGCAUUCAAGAGCCUCGAGGAUGCGCCGAGGAGAUGA